AUCAUCAUAACACGGAAGCAGUGGAGACGAGGAGAGGUGCAGGGAGACGGAGAGGACAAACCCCCCAGGUAGAGAGGCAUCAGAGAGACAGACAGGUGGACAGAGACAGGUGGACAGAGACAGGUAGACAGGCAGACAGGUGGAACCGGACGCAGAACAUCAUGGCGCUGAUCCCCUCGCAGGUCCUCCGGGUCGCCAUCCUGCUGUCCUACUUCUCCAUCCUGUGCCACUACAAAGCGCUGGACAUGCCGGCGCACCAGACCUACGGAGGCAGCUGGAAGUUCCUCACCUUCAUCGACCUGGUGAUCCAGGCGGUGUUUUUCGGCCUGUGCGUCCUGAUCGACGUGUCCAGUCUGCUGACCAAAGGAGCCGACAGCAGGGAGCAGGAGCGGCAGCUGAAGAAGCUGAUUGGCCUGCGGGACUGGAUGAUGGCGGUGCUGGCCUUCCCCGUAGGAGCGUUUGUCGUGUUCACCUUCUGGACGCUCUACCUCUACGACAGAGAGCUGGUCUACCCAAAACUACUGGACAACUUCAUCCCUCAGUGGCUCAACCACGGCAUGCACACCACGGUUCUGCCCUUCAUCAUCAUCGAGAUGCGGACCACCCACCACAAUUAUCCCAGGCGGUCGUGGGGUCUGGCGGCGGUGUGCUGCUUCGGCGUGGGAUACGUUCUCUGGACGUGUUGGGUCCACCAGGUGACAGGUGUGUGGGUGUACCCGGUGCUGGAGCGCAUCGCACCGCUGGCUCGGGUCGCCUUCUUCGCCGCCAUGACGGCGGUGAUCUGCGUGAUGUACGUCCUGGGAGAGAUCCUGAACAGCUACAUCUGGGACCAGACACACACGGCAAAGGUAAAAGGAGAGUGAUCUCCUCCUCAUCAUCAUUCCAGCUUCGCAGAGCGACGCCGGCGGCAUUGAGCUGAAGCCCAGAACAAAGCGACCUCGCUGGAACCGUGGAACAGACCUUUGGAAGCGCAGAACAGGAGAACGUUCCCCUGAGUGAAACUUUUCCACUCGGACGCCGAUGAAAUCCUCCGUCGUUAUUUUUCUUUGUGUUGUGUAGUUUUGCUCUGAAUGUUCAGUUGCAGAAAGCGAAGCUUAGAGCCGAGCUGCAUGCGAUCCGAGGAAAACCCAAACAGCUCCAUCGUGUGUCCACCUCAUCCGUCACGUCUGAGGGAACCCUGUGGAUGUUCUAAGGUGAAAAUAAAGCUUGGAAAUGUUU